AUGUUCCACAGGCAGGAUAUAUGUAGUAGAAUUCCUGUGCCAAAGAAGGGUGAGUCUGUUGGAUGCACACUGGAGUAUGAACCUAUCUGUGGUAGUGAUGGCAACACAUACAGCAACAAAUGUCAUUUUUGCGUUGCCCAACGGAAAAGUAAAGGAACUCUAACAAUACGGUAUAUAGGUGAAUGUAAAGAGAAGGAAAUAUGCAGAAAAUACCCUCCACAAGAGAAGAGCGAGCCCAUUUUUUGUACUCUGGAGUAUGAACCUAUCUGUGGUAGUGAUGGUAUCACAUAUGGCAACAAAUGUCUUUUUUGUGCUGCCAGAAGGAAAAGUGGGAACACUCUAACAAUACGGUACAAAGGAGAAUGUAUAGAGGAGGUUUUAUGCAACAAAUAUCCUGUUCCAGAGAAGGGUCUGCCUUUUGUGUGCACAGAUGAAUACGAUCCUAUCUGUGGUAGUGAUGGUGUGACACACGGCAACAAAUGUUAUUUUUGUGCAGCCUGGAGGGCAAACAUUGGAAGCAUUAAUGCAGAGAAGGAAGCAUUAAUCUUAAACAUCAGACAGGCCUUCUUGUGA